AAAUAAUUAUUUACAUAAAUUAUGUCAAGUGAUUACACUAGAUACGUCGGAUAAUCAGUACAUCUAGCAAAGGGUUUGGACCUUGGAAUAACUUCCUUGUGAGUGGAUCAGGUGCUGAUUUGAAUUUCAUCUAAUUUGUUCUCGGUGGAGCGCCGUUAUUGAAUACUAUAUCUUGCCAGUACAAACUUUAUAUCAAGAAAAAGGAAAUUGAGAUGGAUCGAACCGGGUCUUAGCCGUCUGAGCCUAUAAAAAAUUUGAGAAUUUUCUGAAUAAAAUUAUAGCCUCAAUAACGAUGAUGAGGCAAUCCAGCGGUACAGCACAUGAGCCUACGAUUUCACCAAAUGAGUAUGAAUCCUCCUCAUUCAGUACGACUUGUGCAGAUAUAUUUCAACAUCAGCGGACAAGUGUGAAGAUCGAGGCUCAGGAGCCCAAACAGAUACAAUCUGCAGAGGAUCACGAUUUCGGCAACACCACUCUGAUGAACAAUAUCGACAAUGCAAGCAUUGGUACCGACAGUCAACUCCCAGCAUCGGAUUCACAGUCAGAGUUUAGAGAUCAGACGGACAUGCCUUCCAAACAGCGAAAGCGAACCGUCUGCGAGGUAUGUGGAAAAGGAUUCGUAGAGAAGCGUUACAUGGAGCGACACUUUGCUGUACACACAGGCGAGCGGCCAUAUAAAUGCGAAAUAUGUGACAAAGGAUUCUUUCAAAAGGUUAGCCUUCAACGACACACUAUCAUCCACACAGGCGAGCGGCCGUACAAAUGUGAUGUAUGUGGCAAAGCAUUUAACCGGAAGAGUAACUUGAUCACUCACCAACGUACUCACACUGGCGAGCUGCCAUUCAAAUGUGAUAUAUGUGGCAGAGCAUUUAACCAGAAGCGUUAUUUGGACAUGCACAUACUCACUCACAUAGGUGAACGGCAGCAUGAAUGCGAGUUAUGUGGUAAACAAUUCGUUCACAAAACUAAUCUGCAGCGACACCUCAUAACUCAGCAUUCGUAAAAAAAGGACGACCCUGUGAAAAUUCACAUCCAAGUACAACCGUUCAAGUGUGGUAUAUGUGCACGUAGAAGACUGAAGUCUUAAAGAA